UGUGCUUCUUCUUCCACCCCCUCUACUGAGCCUACUCUUAAUUCAUGUGCUGAGGCUAAUCAACCGAAUACACAAUCUCCUAUUCCACCAUCAGGUGCUGUACCCCCUCAAACAGAAACAGAAACUCAACAAGCUACUAUUAAUGGUGGUAAAGAGUCUUCCAAGAUAUGGGACCAUUUCUCUAGAAUAGAGGGUUGUGACCCCUUUACCCUAAGUCCCAGUGCAACUAUUGUAAAAAGAGUUAUAAUUGUCACCCAAAAAGAAAUGGAACCUCUGCCAUGUGGUCUCAUAUAAAAUCUGGUUGUAAGAAGUACCCCUAUAGGCGUGAUAAAGGCCAAACCACUUUGAGUUACCAAAGUAAAAAAAAAAAAAGGGAGGGAGAGGGGGGUAAUGAGCUGGUGUUGAGAAAGUUUAGUGUGGAAAGGUUAAGGAUGGCCUUGGCUAGGAUGAUAAUUGUUGAUGAACUACCUUUUAGGUUUGUUGAGCAUAGUGGGUUCAUUGAUUUUAUGGCAGAGGUGGAGCCUAGGUUUGAAGUUCCCUCUCGGGUUACUGUUGCAAGGGAUUGUCUUAGAGUUUACAUUAGGGAGAAGGAGAGUUUGAGAAAAGUUUUAAUGGCUGGUCAAAAGGUGUGUUUGACAACUGAUACUUGGACUUCAAUCCAAAACCUUAAUUACCUUUGUUUGACUGCACAUUAUAUUGAUGUUGAUUGGGUUUAUCAUAAAAAGAUUUUGAAUUUCUGUCUAGUACCUGAUCAUAAGGGUGAGACCAUUGAUAGGGUGGUUGAGUCUUGUUUGCUUUAAUGGGGGAUUGAUCAUAUUUUUACAAUUACUGUGGAUAAUGCAAGUUCAAAUGAUGUGGCCAUAGAAUAUCUUAGAAGUAAAACAAAGGAUAGGGUGGGUAGCCUCUUGGGUUGUGAGUUCCUUCAUAUGCGUUGUUGUGCUCAUAUUUUGAAUUUAAUUGUGCAAGAUGGGCUAAGGGACCUUAAUAAGUCAAUUGUUAAGGUUCGAAAUGUAGUGAGGUAUGUGAAAUCCUCUCCUAAUAGAUUUGAGAAGUUUAAGGCAUGUGUUGAAAAAGAAAAAAUUCAAAGCAAAAGUUUGUUGUGCCUUGAUGUGUCUACUAGGUGGAAUUCAACUUACUUGAUGUUAGAAAGUGCACUAAAGUUUGUGGCUGCAUUUGAAAGGAUGGAGGAAGAUGAUGGGCAUUUCCUUCGUUAUUUUGAGGAUCCAUCUAGUGGUCCCCCUCGGUUUUUAGAUUGGGAAAAUGUAAGACUUUUUACAAAGUUUCUUGGUAUGUUCUAUGAGGCAACUUUAAGAUUUUCUGGUUCCUUAUUUGUGACUACUAAUGUGUAUUUCCAUGAGCUUGUUUGUCUUCAAGACCAGUUAAAUCAAUUGUGUAAUGGUAGGGGUGAUCCUUUGUUAAAGGGUAUGGCACAAAGAAUGAAAUUGAAGUAUGAUAAGUAUUGGGGAAGUGUUGAUAGGAUAAAUCCGAUGUUGUUUGUGGCUGUUGUGGUUGAUCCUAGAUAUAAAUUGAAAUAUGUGAGGUUUUGGAUCAAGCAAUGGUAUGACAAGGAGAAGGCUGAUGAGUUAGGAUUAAGAGUUAGGGAAGCAUUGAAUAGAUUGUUCAAGCACUAUAGUGGAGCAAUGGGGACCCCAUGUGGUGCUAGUGCUAGUGGGACUAGUGAGUUUGGUAGUAGUGAUGUUGCUACCAUGUCCUUCGUGCUAAGUGGCUUUGGUAGUGCAGAAGAAAGGAUGAAGAGGUACAAUAACAUUUACAAACAGCACUCAGCAGAUGAGGAUAGUGUAGAAUGCAAAUCUGAAUUGGACCGAUACUUGUUAGAAGCUAGUGUAGAUCCGGAGACGGAAGGUUUUGAUAUUCUUGAUUGGUGGAGGGUGAAUUCUUCAAGAUAUAGGAUUCUUUCUCAAGUUGCUCGUAAUGUUUUGGCAAUUCCUGUCUCUACUGUUGCAUCAGAAUCUGCAUUUAGCACAGGGGGUCGUGUCUUGGAUCCUUUCCAUAGCUCAUUGUCUCCCAAUACUGUUGAAGCUUUGAUUUGUACACAAAAUUGGUUGAGGUCCAAGGAUUCAACUGAACCAAUUAACCUACGAGAGGCAAUGGAUGAAGUGGAAAACUAUGAACUUGAAUCGGAGCUUGCACCAAAACCCAUUGUGGGUACAGAUUUUGUUCUAGACUGAUUUGGAAGGUGAGGUUGUUUUUUGGACUUAGCUACCUAAGGGAUGGAGUUUUUUGCAUAUGAUGACUUGGAGUUGGAGUUGGAGUUGUUGGCUGGCUGAUUGCAGAAAUUUUUUGUAGUUGAAUUUCUUGGGCUGCUGCUGGUUGUUGGCUUGAUGCUUCUUUGCUGCUUUCUGCUUUAUUUUUGUUUACUAGUUGCACACAUGACAACACAAGCACUGAAUGAAACACUAUUAGUCUUAGUAGACUAGGCUACCUCCAUUUUUUGUGAAAAAUAUGUAGUUGUGUAGUGUACCAGUGUAUAUUCUGGUCCAACAUCCAUUAUGUAUAUUUGUAUAAUGCUUCUCAAGCACUACUUGACUAUUUUGUAGUGCUGCACUACUACUCCUCCUUGGGGCUGUGCUACUGUUUAUAUUUGAUGUGAUUACUAUAAUAGAAAUAUU